UGUGACGUCAGAUGAGCGGCCAAAAGUUUGCAGGCGAGGACGACUUUGGGUGUUUAACUUUGUCACUUUUCACUCAACUUGUAUUGGUCAUAAAUAUAUCAAAAUCCUUGUAAACGUCUGAAUAUUUGAAAAUAGUUCUAAAGAUAGCAAAUACCACUUAGACGUAUUUUUAGAUUUGUCACCACGACAAAGUCUCUAUUUUAUUAGUCUGAAUAUUUGUUCAAGUGUAUGAAACUUUCACUUUAUAUGCACUUUAAGAAAAUUCAAAUUCGUGGAUGCCUUGUCACCGACAUAUUUUUUUUAUCAGGACCCGCAAGGAAGAACUAGACGGAGAAGAAAUACAGAAACUCUGUCACCUCGGACGAUGGAUUCAGGACUGGUGACCUGUACAAUCAAAGAAAUUGAAAGAAAGGGUCGUUUUGUGGCAGACUUAAAUGUGCGACUGUGGACUGCGACUCUUGCUGCGUAUUAUCCUAAAGAUCUUCUCAUGAUUGUCCAAUUUAAUGCUGAAUAUGUCAACAAUCUUAAUGAGAGCGAAUCACCUCAUCGUGGACAUCAGGAGGUCACAAUUCGAGUAACUCCUGAAAAUGCUCCUGGAAAAUCCAAAUCAACUCCAGUGUGGGUUAUUAUUGUCUCUGUGCUUGGUGGUGUUUUGUUACUGGCUCUUUGUAUUUUCGCUUUAUUCAAACUUGGAUUCUUUAAACGAAAUCGACCUCCAAAGGAGAUAUAUCUCCGCAAACAGAUGAAGCACAACAGACUGAAGUUAAUUAGGAUUUUAUCUUCUUUAAUUUGUAUUAUUGGUAAUUAAUGCACUGUUUGUACGGCAGACUUACUUGACAAUUUUAUUUACGUAAAACUCGUACAAUGAAUCAAUAAUUUCCAGCAAUAAUUUAUGUGUGUGAAACAUUUGCCUUAUUCGAAAAGCUGUAAUAUUUCAUAAUUGUAUGUUAAAACUAAUAAUUUUGUAUGAGUAACGCUCUUCAAAUCAAGUGACAAGUAGAACGAGAUCAAACGAAUGGUUGGUACUAAUUAGUAGAAACGUCACAAGUAAGACUAAAAUUCUACUGAAUAAAGCAUACCACACUAUGACCUACCUACAGUCGCGAAUAAAAGUUUAAACUUUUAA